AUGUACGUGUGGCGGAAUAAGGAUUUGCCUCCUGACCCUGAAUUCCCUGCAAAUCUGAAGGAACUGGGGUACUUUGUCAACGAUGAUGACCAGAUUCGCCAAAUUGCCCACCCGGAAGAGGGAUACAGAUACAAAAUCAAUCGCAAUGACCGCGUCAAUGUCAAGUUCCGCGAAGCCCUCAAUGAGUGUAUUCGGGCCAUUAUCCUCGAUCGUCUGAAGGAUGCUGGCUUGCAAACCCUACGUCUGCCUUUUGGAAGACAGCGAGGCGAGAGCCAUGUGCCAAUCCUCGCAACGCCGAAUCUUGACGAGAAGUCCCGCAUCAUCGUUGUCUUUGGUGAUAUUGUCCAAGAUCUCGGGGUCUGGGCUCACCGGUCCAUCCACAAUGGUAUUAACAUUGGAUCGGCAGUCAACUUCACCAAGGCUGUGCUCGGUGAUGGAAAGAAUAGGGAUAUCGGUCUCGUGAUUGCCAACACCGGACAACUGAUCUGGCACUGUGCAUUGGAGUGUGCUGUCAGCCAGCAGAGCUGGGAUGCAGCCCCUCGUCCGUAUGCAAACUGGGGCCAAGCUACAAUGAGUUGGCGGAACAAGAUCCCCAACAACGAACACUGGGGAGAUCAUAUUGACUGCGUAUUUGAGAAUGUCUUGUGGCCACAUGUGGGGAAGCACACUAAGAUCGACAUCAUCGGCGUGGCGCAAGGUGGAAUGGGUGUCAUUAAGCAUCUCCAGAGCCACUGGAACGUCUGGAAGCCUUAUAUCUCUGGCAUCUGUUUCGCUGACCCACUGCAAUCCACCCUUUCUGACAUCGAUAUGGGUGGCCUUACAGACCCUUCGUCGUUUACUUCGUUCCUCGCAUCACGUUCACGCGCCUACCUUCUAUCUUCAACUCCUCUCGGCGAACCUAUGGCUGGAUACCGACUGCAUGGCUGUAACUGUUAUUCCUCGGGCGAAGCUCUCAAUUCCGAGUGCAUCAUUACUGCGUCUUGGGAGGAUAUGCUUAAGUGGCUUGACAAGCUUGCCAAAGAUCCGGAAUACUCGGAGCAUGUCAUGCUGCGGGCCGAAGAUAUGGAUGAUGAGAUGUGCCGUAUGUUGGACCAACAGGUGCAGAAUGCAAAGGAAGACAAGGAAGAUGAAAAGAAAGGCGACAAUGAAGAUGACGAAAAGGUCGCAGAUGUUCAGUCCCGCCAGUCAUUAAAUGAAAAUGUUGAGGGUACGCUGGAUGAUAAGGUUGCCAGUGCUCGGGUACAGCAGGAAGUGCCAUUAUCGGAGAUGGCCAAGACUGAGAUCAAGUCGGGAAGUGAUGUGGAAGAAAGUGAGAAGCCGGCGGUGGAGACGGCUCAGCCCGUGAAGGAGAUCAUCGAAGCUACGGCUCAGGUGUGA